AUGAGAAUAAGAAAAACAUGGUGUACACUGUGUCGUGAAAACUUUGAAGAUGGAGAUGAAUGCAUCCAAUGUAAACAAUGUAAGAAGAAGUUUCACAGGGAGUGUCUGCAGGCAGAAGGCCUAAUUGACAACGAAAUUUUGAAAGAUAUAAAAAAUUACCUUUGCUACCAAUGCAUGAAUGAAGAUGAUGAUAUACCAGAAAAUGAAGAUAGGUGUAAAAUAUGCCGAGAAAAAUCGUCCAACUUAAUUUUAUUACUAUGUGAUGGAUGCCCCAAUAGCUAUCAUGUUACCUGUUUAGGCCUGCAGGCAGAACCUGAAUCGGAAAAAUGGUUUUGUCCAGUGUGUAAACCGGAGGAACAUAAAAAUUUGGAUGUGAGACGGAUGCGGAAAGGAUUUGCGAUUGAUAAUAUGAAUGGAGAACAUAGACCGGGGAAAUUACUUGGCUGUGAUUUUUGUCCCAAUUCAUUUCACCCAACAUGUUUACCCGAUCUAGAUUUUGAUAAUAUAUCAGAUCAGUGGGAAUGCCCAUGUUGCAAGAAUGAAGACCCGUUACUAAACCAGGGACAUAAGAGAUGGACCAAAAAUGAAAUUCAGGAAAUUAUGAAAAAAAGACAAAGAGAGCUAAGCUUCUGGAGAUCAAAAAUUAUAAAAUACCGAAAUCGAUUUUUGCUAGCACAUAGGAAAGAUUUACAACCAUUUGUGAACCCUAGAGUCUUUGCAAACCUUACCAAAACGUUUAAAAAUGAUUUUUACAACUCGAGGAGUAACCAUACUAGUGCAUGCAGCAGUGGAGGAAGAAAAGGAGGGAAACACAAGGACUCGGAUAGGAAUUACCAUCACGGGAGUAACUCCAGGAAGGAUGUUGAUAUGGAUUCGAAAGAAUUCGAUGAAUAUAUUUCAUCCCUUGAAGAUGAAGCGAAUGAAAAUGCAUGCAAAUUUAUCGAGUCUGUAUUUUUAAGUGUUUACUAUCCGAAUGGACGGAAAAUCGAGCGGCGACCACUGGUGGAUAAUGUACAGUUAAAGCCGCAUCAGGAGGACGGUGUCGAAUGGUUAUUAAAAUCGUUCCUCACAGGAGGUGCUAUCCUAGCAGAUGAAAUGGGACUAGGAAAAACCAUACAAACUUUGUGUUUCCUGUCCUAUUUAAAAUGUAACAAAAUCGAUGGUCCUCAUUUGAUCGUCGUACCUUUAUCCACUGUCGGUAAUUGGCUCAGGGAAAUUCAUAAAUUUACUCCGCAUCUUACGUGCAUCAAAAUAUGCGGUUCGAAAAAUGAAAGAACUCACGCGAAGGAGGAUCGACUGGCUGAGAAGGGGCUAUACGACUUGUACGUAACUACCUACGAAACGGUAAAAAAUGAGGAGGAGUUCUUCGUGGAAACCAUUCCCAAAUGGCAAUGUAUAGUUCUGGAUGAAGCCCACAGAAUAAAAAAUCAAAGUGGGGCCAUCCGACACUCGAUGGAUAGAGUCGUUGGGAACAUGCGAUUGUUGCUCACGGGGACUCCCUUACAAAACAAUUCAGCGGAGUUAUUUACACUCAUCAAUUUUAUGUUCCCAGAUAUAUUUAAAAAUUCAGAAAUUAUCGAGCAGGCCUUUAUGAAUGCAUCCCAACAAAGCACUGCCGCGGGAAGUAGUCACAGUGGCAGUGCAAGCAAUAAUCAAAAGAGUAGUAACAACAUGAAGAAUAAAAAUAAUAAGGAUGACAAGAAUAACCAAAAUGGAAACACAGCAGGAAGUGGAUCCAAACUUAAUGUCAACAUUGGAAAUAUUGAUCUCAAGUCGGCCAUUAAGGAGGAGGAUCUAAAGUCGAUACGAUGUCUUUUAGAUAAAAUUAUGCUUAGAAGAUUAAAAGAACAGGCUAUCACAUUGCCUAGAAAAAUUUUCCAUGAUGUGUGGUUACCCUUGGGUACCCUGUCUGCUCACUGGUAUAAGAGGCUGCUGGAUAUUCGAUCCAUGGUGGAAGAAAAAGUCAGUGUGAAGAAGUUACUCGGGUUGGUGAUCAAAAUGAGAAUCAUUUGUGGCCACCCAAAAGGAAUAGUUAGUCGACCCUCACAAAUGGAAAAACUUUUUGCAUUCUUCGAAGAAGAGAGUGAAGAAAUAAAAGAACAAGUAAAGAAUGAUGCCUUAAAGUUGAAGCACAUAUCUGGAGAGGAACACAUCGAAUCUUCCUCCAAGCUUAUCUUCAUCGACAAGCUAUUGUGCCAACUGCAUUACGAAAAUUGUAAAUAUGUUAAGAACUACUCGACAAGUUUUGACAAACACAAGAAGGAAGUUGCUGCCCAUAGAUACCACAAAAUUCAGGAACAGAAUAACGCCCAAAAAAAAAAGAGAGAACAUUCAGGGAAGUUUAAAAAGAUAGAGGCGCUGGAAAGUAGCCCUAUGUUUAUCGAAAUUUUGAAUCAGGGCAAAUUUGAUUUGAAACCCACAUCUGAAAAUGAAGAUAUGCUUAAAAGCUUCAUGCACACUGUGGCCAUUGAUAAUGAAUGCCCUUAUAAGAAAAAAAGGUGCAUCUAUGAUAAGGUCAGAGAUUUUAUCAAGAAUAGUGCUGCCAAUGGUGAUGGGAAAUCUAUUGGAAGGAGAACCAAAAUUUUGAAGCACAAUAAUCACUCGUAUGAUCUGUCCGAUUAUAAUUACCGGGGCAAUUCUGGCCAAGGUGGUACCAACAGAAAAAACGCCUAUGAUGAAAAUAAUCUGUCCAAUGAGGACUCUGAUGAGGAGGAAGAAGAAGAUAAUGAGGAGCAGGAGGAGGACAACAAUGCGGAGGUGCGCAAAAAUUGCAAAAGUGACAGCGGGGUUGACGCCGAGGAGGAGGAUGAUGACGACGAUGAUCAGGAUAACGGCGAGGAUGAGGAGGAGGAGGACGACCCCCAACCGCAACAAUCCAAGCAGCAGCUGCAAAGGGAAGAUGAGGAGGAAGAGAACAACGAAGAUGAUCAGGAUAAUGACGAGGAUGAACAGGAUAACGAUGAGGAUGAUGAUAAGAGUGGAAAAAAUAAGGACAGUCAUAAGGGAAACACAAAAGAAAGCACCAACACCUUGUUCGAUAGCAACGAGGAGGUAGAAGAGGAGGACUCAGAUGAGGAGAAGGACGAAGCAGAGGAGGAAUACGGGUGCGAUGAGGACAAAACGGAUAGUGGCUUGGUUCAUCCCGGUGCAGACGUGAAGGAUGAACCGAAUGACGACACGAAUGACGAUGCGAAUGAUAAAGCACAAAAUGUUGUCACCCUCGGGAAAAACUGCAAAAUGAUGAACAUAAAGGAGUUCUUUAAAACGCAGAAGAAAGAUUCAUCGAACAGCUUGGAUAAGUCCAACGAGCAGUCGACGAAGGUGUCUGAUAAGGGAGAUUCUAGGAGGGCCGACAUGGAGGACACGAAAAAGGAGGAAGAAGAUGACGAAGAAGGAGGCGAAAACUCCUGUGCGCACAGCAAGAUGGGAAGCGAGGAAAAGACGAAGCAUAUGGAUGUACUGAACGCGAAGAAAGAGGAAGGGGCAGUAGAAGAAGGGGGAGACCAACAAAACGCAGCAGAAUAUCGGGCAGACGGAGGAGGAAGCAGCCUAAAGGAUAGUAACCAAAGGAGCAAAUGUGCCAAUGACGGGAAGGAGGACAAUGGAGCGGAAGACAAAGCAAACAAAGGAGAAAUCAAAAUGCACAAGGUGCUAAUUUUUACCCAAUUCCAGUUGGUACUAGACGAGUUGGAAGAGUAUUGCAAGUACAGGUGCUGGAAGUAUAUGCGGCUGGACGGGUCAACAAACAAACUGAUAAGAGAGUUAGACAUUCGAGAAUUCAACCUGAGUGACAGCAUUUACUUUAUUUACCUAAUUAGCACCAGGGCAGGAGGAUUGGGUAUCAAUUUGACAGCAGCCAACCAUGUAAUUAUGUAUGACGAAGAUUGGAACCCGUUUAUUGAUCUGCAAGCAAUUGAUAGAGCCCACCGUAUUGGUCAGAAGAGGGAGGUGAACGUGUGGAAACUCAUGACGGAGUGGACUGUAGAAGAAAGAAUGGCAUUUAGAAGAGAACAAAAAUUGAAGUUAGACAAACUUGUUGUUCAAACACAGGACGAUGAAGACAUGCUAGAUAAUUUUGAAGAGAAACUUUCCUCAGAUGAGAUUAGGAAACUAAUGUUGCAUGGGAAAGCAGCCAUACAAAAUAUGAACGUGGAAAACACGAACAAUUACCCCUUGGAAUUUUUCAUAGAAAGGGGAAGAAGAAAAUUGCCCAUUAUCAACGGGGUCGACUUGGAGAAGGAAGAAAAAACUACCAUAGAGCAAGAAGUAAAUAAUAAUAACAAUGGGGAAGAAACGGGAGAUGGCAACAUUUGUAUACAGAAAGGUAGAGGUGGUGGAAAUGGGGAAGACAGCGAGGUUGAUGACGAGGAUGGAGCUGAUAACGAUGAUGAUGAAAACGGAAUCGAUAUAGAUGAGGUUAUGUUAGAUGAGGCCGAAGAACUCGAAAUGGGAAUCAACAAUGGUAAUAACAUCAAUGAAAAUAGUCCGCUCUACGGAGAAGGAAAUGACCAGGUGUACGUCACAGGUGGAAGCUCCAAAUCGAAGGGAGGCCUCUUAAAAGAUGGCAAUGCUGCAGGAAGUGGCAGUGGAUACAGUUCGACCAACUUAAACGGAACAACCAGUGGUGGCAAUGCUGCAGGAGGGACGGGAGGUACCGACACGACCUUGUGGAGAUCUGUAAGGGAAAGAAAAAAGCCGCAGAACAUGUACACACCAGAGUACUGGGGAAGAAAACAAGAAGUGAAACAAAUCAAGCACGAAUACAGAUGCUUCAUUUGUAAUAACACGAAAAAUUACAAAGCAGUGGUGAAGGAUCGAAACAAUAACGACAUAGAAAUUGACUACGGAGAUAUGAUCAACUGCUUCCGAUGCCCAAAAACAUAUCAUAAAUUAUGUGAAGGGAUUAAGGAUGAAAAUGUGAAGAAGACAUGGACCUGCAGCUGGCAUGAAUGCUGUCUUUGUUUUAGAAAGUCAUCUCAGUGUGGUAACUUAUUAAUCCAUUGUGCCACAUGUCCCACUAGUUUCUGCUAUAAUUGUUUUCCACCAGAUUAUGUACGCUAUUAUGUUGGAGAGGAGUAUUAUCACAAUUUGCGACAGAGGGGAGUAAACUUCACACCGCAAAAUUGGGUAUGCUUUCUAUGUUCCAAAUGUAAGGCCGUGGAGGAACAGAAGAAGCGAAGAAAGAUGACAAAGGAGGAAAGAGAAAACGAGAAGCAGCUACAGAAGGAACUGAGAAGUCAACUACAUGACAGCAAACAGGAAGAGUUAGAAGCGAAGAAAAGAAAGAGAGCUCAACAAAUGGAGAGAGAUAAAUUUAUCAUAGAAAAUAGAAAACGAAUAGAUGCCUUGGAUCAGAAAUAUGAAGCACAACUGAGAAGUGCAUAUGAAAAUUUAUUUCCUGUCAAUUUUGUUAAAGAAUUAAUUAAUCGAAUAGAACAUGCCAAGGUGCUCAAACAAAAAGGAAUUGAAGAUGACAACAAGGAAACGAACAAAAAAAAGUCCACUACAUUUUUGCAUACCAAAUUACCUCAUAAGCUUCUUGUCCUUUGUGAAAAUUGUAAACUUCCUUGCCAUGCCAAUUAUAAGUACCCAGGACAGUGUUGUUACCCAUUGGAACUGGACAAAUCCUACUUCUACGCUAAUUCGUCAUUUAACCAAGCGGCUAAUAAUAAGGAUGCCCCCCCCUCUGGGUGUAGCACUUCUGACAAAAGAAUUGCGCUAAGUGGUAAAGACCCCUCCUCUCCGUUUUCUCCUGAAUUUAAGGAGAAACAGGAACAUAACAGUGAGGAAAAGGAAACUUCCAACAAUGUUGCGACGAAGGAGGAGGAGAAUGAGGAAGACGCGGAGAAGGGAACUUUAUUUUUACCUCAAGGAGUAUCCUCCCCCCCCAUGACGAGUAGCUCAAACAAGGAGGACAGUAAAAAAGGCUACGAUUUUCAUGGCACCAAUUCGUUCAGUUUUAAAGUAAUCAAGAGUGUAGUAACGAGCGGAGAUGAAGACACCACUGGUAAGUAUGACAAAAAUGGAAGUGGUGCCAUCCAGGGAAAUUCUAGCGAUAACACGUUGAGCAGAAAGAUGAUCAAAUUUGAAGCAGAUCAAAAGCAGCAACAAGAUUUUACACACAGCACCUGUUUUGAGAAAGCCGAAAGUAAGGACAAUGAGGAGGAUGAAGAGAACGCCCACGAGAAGGAUAAAUUCAACCAAGGGUCCAGUGAAAAUGUGAAGUUGAUGAUGAGCACCAUCCUUUCGUCAGAUAACAACGGCAGUGAUGUGAAGGGAGAGAAUAAUCCACUAAGUGGAGGUACACCAAACAAUAAUAACGACACCGGUUCGAAGGGAAAGACAAGACGAUUUUUGCGAGCCGUAUGUUCCAAGUGUGGAACCGUGCAGUUGGGAAAAUUGGCGCACUUUAGAAAGCACUGUGACAAAUUAACAGACGAAGAAAAACAAGAAUAUGAAGAUAAACGAGAAAAACUAAAACAACUUAUCGAGUUGUUGAAUAAGAAAAAGAUACAGGAUGAACACACAGAGGAGGAGUAUAAAAAUAUGUCCAUUUUUAAAUUCAAGAGUUUAUAUAGUAACUUCCAAGAUAAGGCAGACGACAUUCUCGAGGACUGCAUUCGAGAGAUGAAGUGGGAUAUGUUAAUAUCAUCCAAGAAAAAGGUUCCGAAGAAGGAGAAGGAAUCUAAACGGGGCAAUCACAGUAGUGGUGGUGGGGUUUUUAGCCCUUCAGUCAAAAUGGAUGAUGACAAAAAUGAAGACAAUCCUAACAGUGGAGGCAGCUCCAUGUCGAAAUCAAACCUCACACAUUUGCUAUACAGCCAACCGCUAAUCAUCAACUCGGAUGGCUCCGACACGAAGGACAUUAUAGAAAUAAAAAGUGACAUAACGGAUGAAAUGAGGGAAAGAAUAAACGACGAAAUAUCCACUAUCACGGGGAAGAGAAAAAAAUGUGUAAAAAAUACCAUCAAAAAGAUAAAGAAAAAAAAAAUGAAUGACGAAAACAACAAUAACAACGCAGAAGAAUCAGCAAACAUAAGUAACGCACAAAAUGAAAAUGCAAAUAAUAUGAAAAAAUUAAAUCAUCUAAUAAAUCCAUUUCAUGAAAAAUUAAUUAAAGAUAUUCACAAUGCCAAUUUUAUUAGAGACUCAUUUAAUGAUGAUUUUUUACUCAAAGCGAAGGAAUUUCUAAGAGUUACAAAAAUAAAAUUAAUUAAUAACUCCUUUGUAGAAUGUGGUGCAGGUGGGGCAGGGGGAUCAACCGACGUAGAUCUACUCAACAGUGUUGAUAAAAAUAGGAAGCUUAAUCAAAAUGAUUUAGAAAAAUCCAUAAUUCAGAAUUAUCUCAAUAAGAUGAAGAGCUCACUAAAAAAUAGCACAUGCUUGGAGAAAGCCAUUCCCGGGGAAAACAUGGUAGCCGAUGUUACUUAUGCCAAGUCCCGCAUAAACAGUAAUACGAAUACGAGUCAUGAAAACAAAAUAAAUUUUAACCCCGAGUUGUAUAAAAAUAUCUUUGAAAAGAAUACCAAGUAUUGUAUGUUCACAAAUAAGGGUUCCACCACUUCCACUACCCCCACUCCCAACAUCAAAGAUCUGGCAGCCUCUUCCCUUUCCCAUUCGAUGAAAGGCAUCGAGAAGGCAGAAGAAUUUAGUAGACACCAUCACCACAACAGUAGUAGCAACUUUGCCUCCAUUAACGACUUCAAUGUUGAUAUUUUUAAUAUUGACAAGAAUAUAAAAUGUGAAGAUAUAGAAAAGAAAUUAUUGAACCUUUGUGCCAACACCAACUUGAUGAAAAAAAAAAUGAUGCAAGCUGAUAGGAAUGAACCCAAUCCGGAAAGAAGUGCCUCCCUCAACAUGGAUGCAAGAAGUAGUUUUCAUUUUAAGAAAAAUGAACCCGCUUACCAACGUGUCACCUCCUGUGCUGUGGAUGGAAAUGUGGACUAUGACAUAAAAAAAAUUACCAGCUCUUCUGAGGUUUGCGGAAAUAACAAGGUGCAGGAGUACAUUCUCUACCGCAGGAAGAAGCCGAGCAACAGUUCCAGUGCCAGCGGGGAGAAGAUCAGCGCGGGCAACGCGAAGGGUGGGGCAGCGGGAAGUGCCAAUACUAAGGGCCCCAGCACUAUGAAGAGUCCCGUCAUUGUAAAAAGUGCUAGCAAUUCCAGAAGUCCCGGAAAUACCAAAAGUCCUGGCAAUGUCAGAAGCCCAAGCAAUGCCAAAAGUUCCAGUAAUGCUAAAAGUCCCAGCAAUACCAGAAGCCCCGGAAACACCAAAAGUCCUGGAAAUGGCAGAAUCCCCGGAAGUGCCAGAACACCCAGCAAUACCAAGAGUACCGGUAAUUCCAAAAGCCCUAGCAAUUCAAAAAGCAUGACCAAUGUGAAGAACGCAAGCAACACCACCACCAACAACAGUGACGACAGAAGUAGCCAAAGUAACAACGCGGGUAAGGCGCAUGACGAGUGUAUGACCAGCAGAAACAAUCCAAGUAGAACUCUCCCCCAAGGAAACACGAACAGAAUGACCGCCAUCAGUAGCGAUAACAUCUUGCAACACCUAAAGUUAGAUGACGUCAAAAAUUUUAUCAUGAGUGCGGAGAGAAGCAAGAAUGAUAAACUCCCCCCGGAGGUGAACUGA